AUGUCCGUAAUCCUCUGCACAGCUGGCUAUGACCAUACUAUAAGAUUCUGGGAAGCUCUCUCUGGCAUCUGCUCCCGCACCAUCCCACAUCCCGACUCCCAAGUCAAUCGACUAUGUAUCUCUCCCGAUAAACGAUAUCUCGCCGCCGCAGGGCACCACACCGUGAAGCUCUACGACAUCCGGUCUACCAACCCUGCUGCACUUCUGACUUUCGAGGGUCACUCUGGGAAUAUCACCGGUGUUGCUUUCCACUGUGAGGGGAAGUGGAUGGUCACGAGUUCUGAAGAUGGAACUGUCAAAAUCUGGGAUACCCGAAGCGGCCAUAUCCAACGAAAUUACUCCCACGGCGUCCCAGUAAACGACGUGGUAAUCCACCCCAACCAAGGCGAACUCAUCUCCUGCGACCGAGGCGGAAAUGUCAGAAUCUGGGACCUCGCCGAAAAUAAAUGCUCCCACCAACUUGUGCCGGAAGAAGACAAAAGUGUCGCUUCCGUCACAGUAGCUACCGAUGGCUCUCUUCUCUGCGCAGCAGUCAGCAACAGCGUUCACGGAGCCGUCUACGUAUGGCGCCUGAUCACGGUUCGCGAUGUCACGAGUCUCGUGCCCGUGACCAAAUUUCGGGCCCACGGGACAUACAUCACUCGUGUUCUUCUUUCACCAGACGUCCGCCACCUAGCGACCUGUUCCGCAGACCACACCGCCCGAAUCUGGGCCGUAGACCUCGAGAACAGUAAUCCGUCUUCCCACUCCCACGACCUCGUCAAAGGCGGCCUCGAAGACGAAGAUGACGAAGAUCAGGAAUCCCAGGGUUUCGAGCUAGAGCAAGAACUCGAUGGUCAUCAGCGCUGGGUCUGGGAUUGUGCUUUCUCGGCCGAUUCGGCAUAUCUUGUGACGGCUUGCAGUGAUCAUUAUGCGAGGUUGUGGGAGCUGCAGAGUAAGAAUAUUAUACGGCAGUAUAAUGGCCAUCAUCGGGGUGCGGUUUGUGUGGCAUUGAACGAUUAUUCCGAGUCGAGAUAG